AUGAACUCUACUCCAUCUUUCCAACCCCUGGCGGACUUUGCCAUAAAUCCUCCAAUUUCGGAAACGGAUUAUGGAACCGUAUUCCAAGAUUUGCAUCUGUCUCCUUCUCCUACAAUGCUAGCCAAUGAAAUUUUUUUCCCAUCAAAUCUAAUUACUCAAACACCUCAAAAGCAAUUGAAUCGACAAGAUGCUGAAACAGUGAAAUGUGCGGAAAAUUGUGUUCAAAAAAUACGGGUGCCCAAGCCAAAACGUGAAAUCAGCGGAAAGAAAAUGAUCAAAAUGAAUGAGUUGCCUGAAAAACCGAAACGAAAGCGAGCACCUCGCAAGAAGAAGAUUGAGGAACGAGAAGUAUUGGCAUUUCGUGGAAUGGAAAAAUUUGUGUGCGUUUAUUUCUGUAAGGAAUGUCAUGAAAACACGACUUAUGACGGCAAAACUCUUACAAUAGUGUUGUGUGAUCAAUGCAGUCAACGUGUCAACAAGUUUUAA